AUGCAGAAGCGGGAGGGUCCAAUUCUUCGAUCCAGUUUGAAAAAGCGAAGCAAUAUAACUCAACAAGCUGGAGAACUAACAUCGCAGUAUGAUAGAGAUACCACACAAUCAUUUACUAAAAGAGCUAAAUUUUCACAACAACCCGCUGAAGAUGAUUUUACGCAAAACGAUAUAUAUUCACGUCCCAGAAUAUUUAAUGAAAGAAGAAGUGAUUCUAAAAGUGCAAGACAAGAUAUUGCAGCAGAUUCAACAGAAGUUCUUUUCCCACCUUCAGCAACAGACACAAAAAGCACAAUAGGAAUUCAUUCUGACUUCCAAAUUGGUGAAGUCAAUCAAAGAUUUCAAUUAAAUAGUAAUGCUCCCGUUACAUCACUUCCAGAAUUCACUGAUUCAUAUGCUCAAUCGUCUCCAGAACUACAAAUAUUUCGCCCUUACGAGAAUUCUAGACAGUCACAAAUGGAAUUAGAUGAUGUUGAUAAUUCAGAAAUCCCUACAAUCAAAGAUUUAAUUGUAAGUUACCUCAGUUUAGAAACGCAAGAUACUCAGCAAACAGUACAUAAUAAUCUUGAAUCGUUGUUCUCUAGUUUAUCGUAUGGAGAACAAUUCAAUCUUCAAAUUCCUGAUUUUAAAUUUUUAUCUACAUCUGCAUUCCAGAAUUUAUCAAAUGCAUCGAGAAAUAUAUCCGACAAUAUUAAUAUUUUCAGUGAUACAAUUGAAGAAAUUUCACAAAAUUUAAUCAGCGACCCUCCUUUGUCUCUGAGAACAUUAAAUACACUACAUCCAGAUGAAGUAAGUCAAAUCAUAUCGCGUUCCAACUCUUUUAUCUCAUUAUUCAAGACUCAAGCGAUAAAUUACAUUUUGAAGCAAGUUUUAGACUUUGAGAAAUCAUUCUCCUCGCAAACUCAGAUAAUUAAAAAUUUACGUGAUUCCUACAAUUUUGGCGAAGAAUUCCUUUUAAAUGACCCAACAAUUGCAAAAAUUGAAGAAUUGCAAGAUAUUAGAAGAAAAAUUAAAGAAGCUAUUGAAGCAAAUGGAGAUAUACAUAGUAGGAUUCAAGCCUUUACACAACUGCGUAAUUCUCUUUGUUUUGCCAUUACAUCUAUCAAAUCAGGGAACGCAACAGUUGUCAGACCAGGAAAGAAGCCACAAACAGUUUCAAAUAUUUCAAUAAUUUACAACGAUGUCGCUUCUUCUUCAAGAAAAAGUGUAUUAUCUCUUGAAAUUGCAAAAUUAGCAGAAAGUGUACCAAAUGUCUCUAGGUUUAUGCUAAAUGGUGUCGAUAUCGUUGAAAUGACGUUUACGAGAUUUUCUGGAGACUUAAGAUUUAAAAUUCAAUUUGCUAUUGACGCGAAACUUUAUCCAUGGGUUACAUUCUGCUUUGGAGUUAAUGCAAGGCUUUCUGUUAGCAUUGGUAAUGAAGAAGAAAUCGGAGGCCAAAUUUCCAGAAUCUUUUCAAAUAUUGGCUUUGAUAAGAGGCCAAUUCUUAAGAUUGCUCAAAGAAUUAACAAUGAUUAUCAGUUAGGUUAUCAGAAUCUUGGAUAA